ACAGAAACAGAUAUUGAUGUGUCUCUCUGAUUCUGAUCAGACCCAAAAGCCAGUUUUCAUCACAGAGCCCAUAGAUAUUUCACAUGACCCAAACAGAGUGAUAAAGAAAGCAACUUUGUAUGUAUCUCCAUCGGAAGCAAUCGUAUUUCACAGACUCAGAUCGGAGAAGAAGACCGGAAAGCUCAAAAAGAUUGGAUUUUGAUUCCAAAUUCGGAAACCCAGUUUCUCCAACACGUCACCUUCACCACCCGCUUUGAUUCUUCUCAAAGCUAAGAUCACUUUCAUCAUCACCAAACCCCAAAAAUCCAAACUUUCUGCUUCCUAUGAGGAACCCUUUUUCAGGACUCCUUUUUAAUCCAAGACCUUGUUGUUCUCAGCUCACCAUUGAAGUCCUACAAUGACCCACUUACCUUCUUCCCUAUCCCACUCUGCUACUUUGUCUUCUCUCCACAAUCACUUUCACCACAACAACCAUAGUCAUUUGAAUUCAGGCCCUUCUUCUUCUUCUUCUUCUUCUUCAUCAUCGCCUUCCACUUCACUUCUCUGCUCUGCUUCUCUGGCAAUUAUUCCCUUUGCCACAAGGUCACUCCUUCUUAAGCUUUUUCGCCAUUUCCGGUGUGCCCAUUUGCUCAGAGUCCACUGUCGUUUGAUUGUUCUGCUUUUAGUGCCGUCUAUCUACUUCAUCACAAGUCCUCGCCGCUCUUUCGUUCUUGAUUACAUCUCAGUGAUUGCUUUCUCUGCUGCCAUUCUCAUUUCUAUAAACAUUGCACUUCCUCGUUUGGUCUCAAUUAGGUUGUUUCUUGCCCGGUCCCUGCCGCUUUGUUCAUCGUGUUACACAUCCAAGCUCAGCAAGCCUCCUCCUCCCCCCGUUCUUUGGUCAAUUGGGUCCAAGCCGAGAUCGGAGAAGAGGCCAAACUCUGGUUCCUGGGUGCAGGUUUAUAGCAAUGGGGAUGUUUAUGAGGGUGAGUUUGAUAAGGGGAAGUGUUCAGGUAGCGGGGUUUAUUAUUAUAAUAUGAGUGGGAGGUAUGAGGGUGAUUGGGUGGAUGAAAAGUAUGAUGGCCAUGGUGUGGAGACUUGGGCAAGAGGGAGCCGGUAUCGCGGGCAGUAUAGGCAGGGCUUGAGGCAUGGUAUUGGGGUGUAUAGGUUCUUCACUGGCGAUGUUUAUGCCGGAGAGUGGUCUAAUGGGCAGUGUCAUGGUUGUGGAAUACAUACAUGUGAGGAUGGGAGCCGGUAUGUUGGGGAAUUCAAGUGGGGUGUCAAGCAUGGACUUGGUCAUUAUCAUUUCAGGAAUGGAGACACAUAUGCUGGUGAAUAUUUUGCUGACAAGAUGCAUGGUUUUGGAGUUUAUCUGUUUGCAAAUGGACAUCGUUAUGAAGGAGCCUGGCAUGAAGGAAGAAAGCAAGGGCUUGGUACAUACACCUUCAGAAAUGGUGAAACACAAUCUGGUCACUGGCAAAAUGGGGUUAUUGAUCCCAACAUGCAAAAUAGCCAUCCUGGAUCUCCAUAUGCUCUCAACCAUGCCAGAGUUUUAAAUGCAGUUCAGGAAGCACGGAGAGCCGCUGAGCGAGCAUAUGAAGUGGCAAAGGUGGAUGAAAGAGUGAAGAGAACUAUAGCGACAGCUAAUAAAGCAGCAAAUGCUGCAAGAGUUGUGGCCGUAAAGGCUGUGCAAAAACAAAUACACCAGUAUAACAAUGACGGCACCUCUCCCUCACGACUCGUCUAAUCUUUAACAGAUCAACCUAGAACCAUUGUCCUGCAUUCCCAUUAGCCAUGAGAUAUCAUCAUACUCAGAGGUGCUCGUAAUACAGUUGAGUGUCUGGAGUCUGGACAAUGAGAAGCAGGCAGCAUCAAACUUCUGCAGCGGAAUUCUUACAGCACGUUUUACUAUUACUGUGAGACAAAGCAUGGAAGCACAUGGAGAUGCAUCCACAUAAUUGGUUCUUCUGUUUUGUUCUCUUUAUUUUUGUUCUUUUGCCCGCGAAUAUUACUAUGGGCGCCUCCUGGAACCACAUACGGUCAUUCAUAUAUAUAUGGUUGUUUGAGGAGCAGGAGGUUUCCCAUUAUCUUGGCCUUGAAAGUAUGUACAUAGGAUUGCGAGUAAGAAAGAGUAGCAGUUCUGAACAGAGGUUGGCACUAAAGUGCCAGAAUCUUUAGCCCAGAUUGCUUUCACAUUUUCACUUCCCUGUUAUGUAAAAUUAACUGGUUAUGA